CUUCUCUGCUCGUCGCUUCUGGAGAGCAUCAACCCCAGCAUAUACGUGACGGGAAGUGUAGGUGUCUACAGUAAGUAAAAGUAUUCUUGCCUCACUAGUUAGGCUAAUCCGUUCCCCCCAAUAUACUCCUUUCCCAGGAUUGAAUGCUGAAAAUAGCUGAUGUCUCUUCUGUCCCUCGCUCUCUUUGCUGCUCCGUUCUGGUCUAUACCUGAUCCUGAUAUUUAUGGAUCAAUGCACCUGUCUCGUCUAACCCUUAGAUAGGCAAAAAAUCUGGUACAUUGCAUUCGGAAAAGCUACCCAACCAUAGCCCACAUAGUUUCAAGAAAGGAACAAGAAGAAAUGGCAUUCCAGCCUACCCCAACAGACGUUACUGCUAUCAUCACUACGCCGUCUACCGGCCCCAAUGCAGGACCUCAAUUCCAGAAUGAACGCCGCAUCACUCCAACAUGGACUGUCAUGCAGUUGAAGUCGAAAUUGGAAACCAUGACUGGCAUCCCACCCGGUAGUCAACGUUUGCAUCUCAAAUCGCCCGGUCUUCCCAGUCGAUGGAUUGAUGGCGACGAAACCGUAAUUGGCGAGUGGGGCUUGGUGAGAGGAUGUGAAAUUGAGGUCCAUGAUUCGAGGCCCCAGUCCGCAAGGCCCAACUUCAACGAUCUCUCAUCUGUGGAGAAAUACGUCCUCCCUACAACCACCUACGAGUCCCUGCCAAAUUCAGUAUUGGCGUGGAAGAAAAACCAGAAACUCGGCCGCUUUGACCCAAAUGCUUUGUCCCCAGAGGAAUCAAUGCGGAAACAGGCAGAGCAGGAUGCCGAGGAAGUUGCACGAAAGGAAAUUGCUGUUUCGAGGCGGGCGAUCAUUCUGCCUUCGUCACCACCACAUGUUCGCCGGGGAACUAUCCGCUUUGUUGGGCCUGUGCCCACUAUUCCUUACCCCGGGGUGAAUGACAAAUCCGAGUCCUCGAAGGUAGACUCUGAUGAUUCCCUGCCCAUGUGGGUUGGAAUCGAACUCGAUGAACCCACCGGGAAGAAUGAUGGCAGUGUUGGCGGGCAACGCUUCUUUACCUGCCCGAGCAAGUCUGGUCUGUUUGUGAAACCCGAGAAAAUUGAGGUGGGGGAUUUCCCCCCUCUGGAUCUGGACGACGACCUGGGCGACCUGGAGGAACUCUAGGUCACCCAGAUCACUUGAUAGAAUCAAAUAAGAUCGGCACGAGGCGAAAGAAGAAAAAAAGUAUUGUGACAUUAACCUGGCCGGUCAAGAAGAAUUCAAGUUUUUUAAAAUGCAUCGGCGUGGAUCAGUCCAUGCCUUUAGGGACUUUAAGAUACAUUUCAAAAUGGGCGGGGGAAAGAGGGAGAGAGGGAGAGAUAAUGGUG